CGCGGGAGGCUGCCGCAGCCUACGUGGGCCGACGGGCGAGCUGGCGCCGGCGCCGGCGGGAUGGACCUGGAAGUCUCGCUGCUGCCCACCGGCCCCAAUGCCAGCAACACCUCGGAUGGCCCAGAUAACCUCACCACGGCCGGGCUGCCACCUCGCACAGGGAGCGUCUCUUACAUCAACAUCAUCAUGCCUUCGGUGUUCGGUACCAUCUGCCUCCUGGGCAUCAUUGGGAACUCCGUGGUCAUCUUCGCGGUGGUGAAGAAAUCCAAGCUGCACUGGUUCAGCAACGUCCCCGACAUCUUCAUCAUCAACCUCUCGGUGGUGGACCUCCUCUUUCUCCUGGGCAUGCCCUUCAUGAUCCACCAGCUCAUGGGCAAUGGUGUCUGGCACUUUGGAGAGACCAUGUGCACCCUCAUCACGGCCAUGGACGCCAACAGUCAGUUCACCAGCACCUACAUCCUGACCGCCAUGGCCAUUGACCGCUACUUGGCCACCGUCCACCCCAUCUCCUCCACCAAGUUCCGGAAGCCCUCUGUGGCCACCCUGGUGAUCUGCCUCCUGUGGGCCCUGUCCUUCAUCAGCAUCACCCCCGUGUGGCUCUACGCCAGGCUUAUCCCCUUCCCAGGAGGCACCGUGGGCUGUGGCAUCCGCCUGCCCAACCCAGACACUGACCUCUACUGGUUCACCCUGUACCAGUUUUUCCUGGCCUUUGCCCUGCCCUUCGUGGUCAUCACAGCCGCGUAUGUGAGGAUCCUGCAGCGCAUGACAUCCUCCGUGGCCCCCGCCUCUCAACGCAGCAUCCGACUGCGGACAAAGAGGGUGACCCGCACGGCCAUCGCUAUCUGCCUGGUUUUCUUUGUGUGCUGGGCGCCCUACUACGUGCUUCAGCUGAUCCAGCUGUCCAUCAGCCGCCCGACGCUCACCUUUGUCUACCUGUACAACGCGGCCAUCAGCUUGGGCUAUGCCAACAGCUGCCUCAACCCCUUUGUGUACAUCGUGCUCUGUGAGACGUUCCGAAAACGCUUGGUCCUAUCGGUGAAGCCUGCGGCCCAGGGGCAGCUUCGAGCCAUCAGCAAUGCCCAGACAGCUGAUGAAGAGAGGACAGAAAGCAAGGGCACCUGACACUUCCCCUGCCACCCUGGGCACUUCCACGUCAGGGCACCACGGCAGACCAUGGGGGAAGAUGCUGAGAGAAACCGAAGACCACUCUGGGAGGAUGUAGGGAGGCUGGGUGGUUACAACUAAAAACAUUCAACGGG